UGCCUUUUCAACUUCCGUCUGUUUCCCACCUCCCAGGGGCCAGGUUCCAUGCAUUGGGAUGCGAUACAUAACGCCCACGUUUCGUUCGUUUAUGGCGGUACACCCUGCUCCGUGGCUAGUCCGGAUCGAUCUUUCGUAUCACAUGUCUGACGCACGAUGACAACGAAAGUCUUCUCGCUAUACAUCUUUGACCGGCAUUGUAAUCCAGUCUAUUACCAAGACUGGACGCACCUCCACCAGGGCCUCUUGGCGCCACUGCACCCCGCUACCGCCGAGCCGUCCUCUUCGGCCUCUGCCGUCGGGGACACUAGCGUGGACACGGUUGCCGCAUCAGAAGCUAGCACGAGCACGUUCCAAUCGCUCAGCUCAUCCCUGCGAAAUGCGACACAGGUGCUAGCGUCGAGUGGGAAUGCAUCAGGCAGCGCGAAAGGCGCGGGGCCACUCCGGAAAGCGGGAGAGGUGCCGCCAAAUGUCACUCGCAGUGUCGCGAAAUCAUGUUUACCCACCGCUUCGAAGCAGCGGUCCAGCUUGACGUCUUCGGUGGCUGGAACGGCGAAUGAAGGAGUGUCGUUGGGUGGAAACAGCGCGCUGCCGUUUGAUGAACAAGCCAAGCUCGUGUACGGUGUGGUCUUCUCGCUGCGAAAUAUGUGCCGCAAGCUUGGAGGAGGAGCGGCGGGAACACAGGAGAACGGCGUGUCCCCUCUGUCCUCGGCUUCACCAGCGACAGCAGAGUUGUUUAACAGCUACACGACGCCGACAUACACGCUUACACAUUUCCAAUCGCCGACGAUGUACACUUUUGUCCUGCUCACUGACCCGAUGCCAUCUGCUACCGGGUUCGGCGGUACGGGUGCGUCCGGCAGCGGCGCAGGCAGUGCGGCCAAGGGCUCGUCGUUGCCCGGCGGUGGCGGUCUCAUGUCAGGCUACUCGAUCUCUUCGCGCUUCUCUGUCGCUUCCAGCGCCACCUCUUCAUCCAGUAAUGCGGCGACAGCGCUUGCAGGCGGGGCUGGCAGCGCAGGCGCAGGAUUUGCAUCAGCAGCAGGUACGAUUCCAGGGACAGGCGGCGUCACGCUCAAAUCUGUGCUGGUGAACAUCUGGAAAGGGCCUUGGGUGCAGCACGUUGCCCGCAAUCCGCUCUGCCAAAGUGGGCUUGAGCGAAGCGUGCAGGCGGAGCGUGCUGCAGGUGUGGAUAGUGAUGGCUUUCGGGAUGCAGUGGAGAAACUAUUUGCGCAAUACAAGCUCUCUGCACCGCCGUCACCUGUAUUAUAGAGGCCAUACAAACCAGGCAGCUGUGCCAACAC